AUGUUGCCUACAACAUCCGUUAAUUCCCGAAGUCAAGGCAAUGGAGCUUUAAACUCCAGGGAUGCGGGCAGGCACACAGCAGGGGCAAAACGCCACAAAUACCUGAGAAGACUCUUCCGCUUUCAGCAGAUGGAUUUUGAAUUUGCUGUGUGGCAGAUGCUGUAUCUCUUCACUUCGCCACAGAAGGUUUAUAGGAACUUUCACUACAGAAAACAAACAAAAGACCAGUGGGCACGAGAUGACCCUGCUUUUCUUGUAUUGCUAAGUAUCUGGCUGUGUGUAUCCACGAUAGGAUUUGGCUUUGUAUUGGACAUGAGAUUUGUCGAAACUAUUAAGCUACUGCUUUGGGUUGUGUUCAUAGACUGUGUGGGAGUUGGGCUCCUAAUUGCAACUUUAAUGUGGUUUAUCUCAAAUAAGUAUUUGGUAAAGCACCAAAGCAGAGAUCAUGAUGUGGAGUGGGGAUAUGCCUUUGAUGUUCAUUUGAAUGCUUUCUAUCCUCUUCUUGUCAUCCUGCAUUUCAUACAGCUGUUCUUCAUUAAUUAUGUAAUUGUAUUGAAUUCAUUUAUUGGCUAUUUUGUUGGAAAUACUUUCUGGCUGAUUGCUAUUGGUUAUUACGUCUAUGUGACAUUUCUAGGCUAUAGUGCAUUGCCAUUCUUGAAGAACACAGUCGUUCUCUUAUAUCCAUUUGCACCACUUCUCCUUCUCUACUUGGUUUCAUUAGCAAUGGGAUGGAACUUCACCCAAGCACUUUGUUCUUUCUACAAGUAUAGAGUGAAAUAAACCGGACUCUAUAACAAAACGGGUUGCUUGUUCUUACCUCCUGUGGCAGUCUCAGAAUAGGUAAGAGAGUAAGGCACUCUUGUAAAUUUCUGUAAAUACAUGCUUUUCACUGUAGAUCAGUGUGUAAAGUUUUUGGUUCUCUAAAAAUUU